AUGAAGGAUUUUAGUGAAUUCAUUAAAGAUUUGAAUGUGAUGGAUCUACCGGUGUUUGGAAGUCGUUUCACUUGGUUCAACUCUAAUGGUAAGAGCAGAAGUAGACUGCAUAUAAUUUUGGUUGAUGACCGGGUUAUUUCAAUGUUUUCUUUGAAGAAUCAAAUGGUGGGGGAUAGAGACAUAUCGGAUCAUCGACCGGUGUGGUUGAAGUCCAAUUUUGUCAAUUGGGGGCCAAAACCCUUUAGGUCUUUCAACUGUUGGUUCUAUCACAAGGAUUUCAUCCCUUUUGCCACGAAAUCGUGGAGCUCAUAUCAAGUCACAGGUUCCUAUUGCAACAUCCUAACUAAGAAAUUUCAAGCUCUUAAAUCUGACCUCAGGAAUUGGAAUCACAAUGUGUUUGGAUGA